CUUCGCGAAAGAGACUUCUCUGACCAGAACUACUUCUCCCCCAGGUACUACGUGCAGGGAGUGUGUCGGGAGGGAAAUAAGUGUCUGUUCUCGCAUGACUUGGCUACAAGCAAAUCCUCGACCGUCUGCAAGUAUUACCAGAAGGGGCAGUGCGCCUAUGGAGCUCGGUGCAGAUACGAUCACACCAGACUCCCUGCAUCAGGGGGUGCAGCGGCCCCUGCGCCGCCUCCCCUCCCGUCGGCAGCGCCGCACAAUCCUCGCCAUCCUCCCGAGCACAGCGCGCCGAUAAUCAGGAGCAAACUGCACGAGACUGGCAAACGGGAGAAGAAAACGCUGGUGCUCAGGGACAGAAAUCUGUGUGGCUUGACUGAAGAAAAGCAGAAACCCAGUGCCGCAAGCGGUGUGCUGUGUUGCAGUGACCAAAAUGACAAUCUGGAAGUGAAGCCCCAUUCGUAUUUGGAAGCUAUUUGCAGCGGACUGGAAGAUCCGGCAGCUGGAAGCUCCUGCGCUGACGGAGAGCAGCUGUGUCCUUACGCUGCGGCGGGAGCGUGCCACUUCGGGGAUCGCUGCCUUUACCUCCAUGGAGACGUGUGUGAGAUAUGUGGAUUGCAAGUACUUCACCCUUUUGACCAAGAACAGAGGAAGGCUCACGAGAUGAUGUGCAUGGCGACAUUUGAGCAUGACAUGGAGAAGGCCUUUGCCUUUCAGGCAAGCCAGGACAAAGUGUGCAGCAUCUGCAUGGAAGUGGUGUACGAGAAGCCAUCAGCCUCCGAGAGGAGGUUUGGGAUCCUUUCCAACUGCAAUCACACGUACUGCUUGUCUUGCAUCCGGCAGUGGAGAUGUGCCAAGCAGUUCGAGAAUCCAAUCAUAAAGUCUUGCCCGGAGUGCCGCGUGAUAUCCGAGUUUGUCAUUCCCAGCGCGUAUUGGGUGGAAGACCAGGAGAAGAAAAACGAGCUGAUUGAAGCAUUUAAGCAGGGAGUGGGGAAAAAACCCUGCAAGUACUUUGAACAAGGGAAAGGAACUUGCCCAUUUGGAGGAAAGUGUCUUUACCUUCAUGCUUAUCCAGACGGGACACGAGCUGAACCUGAAAAACCACGGAAACAGCUCAGCUCUGAGGGGACUGUGCGGUUCUUCAAUUCUGUUCGUCUGUGGGACUUCAUUGAAGACAGAGAAAGCAGGACUGUGACCAGCACAGACGAUGAAGUAACAGAACUUGGAGAACUUUUAAUGCACCUUUCUGGGGCUGAUGAGGAUUCUGCUACUUCUCAAUAAAGGGAACUAAAGGUGCUG